AUGACAGAACAUCAAUACCAAGAAAUUGAGCAGCAACGUGACUCAAAUAGAUUACAACAACAAAAUGAAGAUCUACCAAUGGAUCUUGGAAGUCUUCAAGACAUUUUCACAUUUCAAUUUAUUGAGGGGAGACCUAUAACGAAUUUUAUUUUAGCCAUACUUUGGAGUAUUGGUUUACCUAUAUUAUUAUACCAUUUAUUGAAACAUCAUUUAGGACAAGUAUUAGCUAUGAUCAUUGCUUCUUGUCCUCCUUUAAUUAUCGUAGUCUCUCGAAUGAUUAAAACCAAAACAAUGGAUGUAUUAGGCUUUGUGGCAGGUAUUAGUUUUUUAAUAUCUGGCAUAAUUUCUAUUGCACAACCAUCGCCUCAAGUUUCUACUGUUUGUGAAUCCAUUGUACCUCUUUUAGUCGGUAUAUUUUGUUUAUUAUCUUUAUUUCCUAUCAAAAUGGGUUCGUUUCAAUUACGUCCUCUUAUCUUUCAAGUUGCAAAUCAAAUCAUGCCUCGUACAGCAGAGAGUGAAGAAUUAGAAACGAUCGAUCAAGAACGAACACAACAGCAGUCUACGUCAAGUAGUACGACGGAUAAACAGAGUAGACUCAAUUGGAUUUAUAAUCAUAUGUCCAAGUUUAGAACAGAUUUAAGAAUAUUAACUGCUUGUUGGGGUAUAACGCUCAUCAUAGGCUUUAUUAUCAAAGUGAUCAUUACAUAUACAAAUGCUGAUAUUACUGCUGCUCAAAAUUUUGGUUAUAUUUUCUUUUCUUUAGCGACUGUAGCUUUGACGGUUUUUUCAUGGUUAUUUACAAAGAUCAUGAAAAGACAUGUUAAAGAGCAAGCAGGUGAGAUGCAGCAGCAAAAGCAUUAUGAGAAUGAAGGUUAUGAUAAUAUUCAAUGGGGUAUUCAGGCCAUGUCCAAUGAAUUUAAUCAGAUAGUUUAUUAA